AUGGAAGAUGCGGUGGAAUCAAGAUGCAAGAAUAACCUGCUCGAUCUACCAGCAGAAAUUUUGAGAGAGAUUGCCGACCAGGCUACAUCACAAAAUGAUCUGGCAUCAAUGGCUCUUGCCUGCUCCAUUCUUCAUGCGGUGGUUAUUCCUGUGCUAUAUUCCAAGCUCGCGGUUGUAUGGGUCAACCCUUGUACAACUCGCUCGGACCAAUUGCAAUGUCCUAGCGAAGUAAACCCUACACUCUCUACUCUGGCAACAUUGGCCAUGGGCGAGGAUCUUUUCCAGUCAGGCCAAUUAGAAUCAGACUCUCAUCAGCGGCCUCAGAAGUGUUCACUACCGGAACCCGCAGCCAAGCUCAAGCAAAAAUUAAGACGGGGAAAUAAUUAUGCCCAAUAUACCCGAGAAUUUACUGUCUUGGACGAUCCAGCUGACUGCGGUCUAUACCACUCUUGGGAUCCUAUGAAAUUAGACAGGGUGCAAGGCAAAAUGAUCGCGUUGACAGUGCCUAAAAUGGUUAAUCUGAAGAAAUUUAUCUGGAACACGUCGAAAGGAACCAUGAAAUAUGCGUGGCCUGCACUUGCAUCAUUAGCAGAUCGUCCAGGACACGAAUGUCGUCUGGGGUGCGUCUGGGUCCGAUUUCACGAAUUUUCCUCAUUUGACCUGUUUGGUAGAAAUAUAGAGACCCUUCGCCAGAAAUUGGCCAAGCGACAUCUUCGUGUUGAAUAUCCAACCCUAUCUAUCUUACCUCCCCUGAAGAGUUUAACGGUACUGGAUAUCGACGAACCAUCUUAUCUAGAAGAAAUGGCUGUGCUGAUAGAGCGCUCACGGAAUCGGCUCAGAGCUUUACGCAUCAGCAUUAAGUGCAUGGCCCAAAAUGCGAUUUGGUCGAAUCCGCCAAAACAUUCAUCUCUUGCGUCUUCAAAAUGGCCCAAGCUUGGUGGUGUCCUUGAGGUUCUCACAGGCUCAUUUCAAGAUACUAUCUUGCCAGGGUUGAGAAAGACAUCUGAUGCCCUGGAACCGAGUUCUGAUGUCUCCCUAAACCUCGAGGUCUUGGAGUUAGAGCGAAUUACCCUCUCUGCCCCGAUUAUGAUGCAAGCUAUUGAUUGGACGAGAAUGGUCAGGCUCACCCUCUUGAAAUGUGGUAGACAUGAGAAACUGUGGAGAAACCUCCGUCGUCGGUAUGCUCCAAGAGGAGCACCCACCAACUUCCCCUUAAAACUCAAGCAUCUGCACAUAGACUGCAUCUCGCCUUAUUUCAUGUCAUUCAUAAAGGACACUCUUGCGCCGAACACACUCAAAGCCAUAUUUCUACAUGGGAACGUACACAGAGAGUCCGGUAUCAGCUUCAACACAUUCUACCGACUCAUACUCCGUAGACACCGACAGACUUUGAAGAAAGUCCUAGUCAAUGUCUUUGAGAAGCACCACUGGAUCUCAACUCCGUGGCGUUUUAACCGAGAAAUGCUCACUUUCAUCACAAGCAGAAAAAUGUCACAGCUUUGCGAGCUGCACAUGGGCAUUGAUUCAAGAGACUGGGACUUUCUCGUACAACGACUCCCGAAUCUUCCCAAUCUCCGCGCCUUGCACAUCGGCACAAUUAAUAACCUCGAGAGUAUACGCCAAACUGAAAAUACCCUCGCCCACCGGCUCCUGGACAUGAUCACCCUAAUGCCUUGCCUCCCACUUACCUACAUCGGAAUCCUAGAUGAGUGCUACGAGAUUGCCAGAGACGAGCCCAUCGAUGAUGAUGAUGAUGAUGAUGAUGAUGAUGAUGCAUCAGCUACAGAAGAUGACAUGUCUAAUACGGUAACUGACAUCCCAGUUGCUUUCGAUUCCGACGACGAGAGUGAUCCCCCGCUCCCAGUGGACAAUGAAGUCUUCCUAGACUCGGACGAUGAAGGGGUUCCGGUUCUGGAUGAGCCUGUAUGGUUUGAUGAUGGGGAGGAGGAAGAGGAGGAGGAUAGUGAGCAGGGCUUGGGGGGGAAGUUCUGGCUGCGAGUGUCAUUUAAUGAUGAUAAAGCUGAGAUUUUCAAGGCGCGGCAUGGUGAACUAUGAUUGCCCUUUUUUAUUUCUUGGUGUUAAAGGUUUGUGUUGCUGGAGAAACUUGCCCUGUUUUGCUAGAGAUGUCAUUCUUCUCGGUCGUUGGAGAAUGGUCAUUUGAUUGAAUGAAGGAAUCGAAGUUGAAG